AUGGCGAAGAUCAAGCCUCAAGCGCUAUUGCAGCAAAGCAAGAAGAAGAAAGGACCUUCUCCUAUAAGCAUAACCAACAUCGUGAUUUACACCUUGGCCGUGCUUUUGGUUGUCUUCGUCCUCUUUUCCGCCUACAAACGUUGGACCCUCAGAUCUGAGAUCCCAACGCACAAUGGUAGAUCACUUCUUGAGGAUUCACCAAUGAAGAAUACCAAUGUCCCAUUCUUUGCUACCUUAGAUACGGACAAAGGUUCAGUGACCAUUGAACUGUUCAAGGAUGCUGCUCCCAACGUUGUUGACGAAUUCAUCAACUUAUCUCAAGAUGGGUAUUUCAAAGGUUUCCUAUUCAGUAGAAUUGUAAAGCAUUCUGUGAUUCAAGCUGGCCACUCUGCUGAGUUCGAUGCUGUCAAAGAUUGGGCUCUCCAAAAGACGAAUCUUCAUUCCAGUUUAAAACAAGAAGAAUUCAUGGUGGGAACUCCUAAAGCUAAAAACGAGCAAGGCGGAUUCGAGUUUUUUAUUGUAUCUUCUCAGAUCACAGAUCUGAACGAGAAAUUGACAGUCUUUGGUCGAGUUGUAAAGGGACAAGAGGUCGUUCAGGAGAUCCAGGAGGCUGAGACAGAUGAGCAAUAUCCAAAAGCACCAAUAGAGAUCCUGUCCGUCACUUUGCUUCAAGACAUGUGA